UAAAAAAAAACAAUAACAAAUAUAUAAAAAAAAAAAGAAUUCUAGUUCUUUUGGGAGAAUUCUAAAAAUACAUCAAAACCUCUACAAAAAGAUUAAAAAAUACUACGAAACAUUACAUUAUGAAGUAAUUGUAUCGUACACAAUUGGUUUGCAAGCAUAAACUUGUUAAUAUCAAAUAUCUUGAUGAUGAUGAUGAUAUUAGUUACACCAUUUCAGUGGCGAAAGAGGAUUUGAGAUACGAGCAAUGUGAGCAAAUUCAAAGGCGUGUAUCUCAAGGCGCCACUGUAGACAAUCGAGACAAAAUAAUAGAAAAUCAAAAUUUGAAAUUCAAAAUUUGACGAUAUAUGAGGGGGGUAAACAAAGAGAAAUAGAAGAAAAUGAAAAUUCAACCAAAAAUAGUCAAUGAAAAUACACCGGCGCUGAUUGCUGACAUGCUAGUGGUUAGCAUGCUUGCCUCUCAGUUCCGUGGUUCUGUGUUUGAAUUUCUGCUCUGACCUUGUGUGUGAAAAGUGCUUUUUGAAACGAUUUCCGCUAAAAGGGUCAGAAAAUCACUAACUCUGUAACACAGACUGCACUUUUGUAAAUGUUCUGUUGGCAUCCGUGUUUGAAAAUUCACGUCAGCGGUGUCAGCAUACAACUGUGAGCGUCACAUAAAUCGAAAUCAGUCCAAAAUAAUACAGAGCCUUAACGUCAUAUGUAUGGAUUAAAACCAUUUAUCACCUCGCCAUGCUUAACUUUGCCGAUUAAACGAUCAAGGAACCUGUUUCGUAGAAGGGCGCCGGCCGGGAACCUCACAGAACGCAUACAAAGUUGCUGCACAGAAUCCACAAAUUGAACAUUUGCAGUGCAAAUGUGUGCCGUGGAAAAACAAAACGCUACCUGCCAACGGAGGCGGCCACAGCUGUGCGUGCGCCUCCUGCACACACACACACACACACAUGCACGACAUUGUAUGUGUGGCGGUGCAUUCUGGAUAACUCACAGCCGCUGUCAGACAUCACACACUUGGCAACUUGAAAACAGCCUUAAUGAGUUGGUGACAUGGAGCAAGGGGAGGAGGGAGACCGAGAUGGGGGGGGCAUCUAGUCCAAAUACUGGGUUUGUUCAUUAUGCAAACUUGCUUGUAGAUUUGAUUAAUUGCUUGACAUUGACGCUGCAGCUCAAAUGCAAAGCGUGUGUUGGGCAACCUGAAGCCUGCGGGCCACUCAUUGUAUACACUCGGUGUAUGGCGGCGGUAAUGAGCAACGCGGAAAAUGGCGGUUCGACCUUUUCUCCGAAAUCGUCUUUGAAAAAGUGGACAUUUGACAUCUCUUCCAGGCCAGCAGACUGUUGCAUGGGCAUCAGGUCAGGCUAGCUGAGCAUGAAAUGUGCGGCUAAGCAAACAAUGCUUAUCUCUGGCCAGGGAUGAAGCUCUGCGAUAGCCGGCUUUCGCUACACAUGCACUGAAUCACUAUGAGCCAUGAGCAGGGAAUGAAGUUAAGGCAGGCAGGCAGACAGACAUCUUUAAAGAUGGACUUAAGCUUGUUUUCUGGCUCAGUGGAGGCCUACACACGCAGAAUAAAAGAAGCCUUAAGCAACGUACAUUUUCACUUUCCUUUGAAUUAGGUUUAAACUAUUAUCCUAGCAAUCUGGUCAUUGUAGUUUUUCCUUUUGUGUGUGAAAUCUGUUGUGGUCACUCUCCAGGUUCUUCAUCAUGCAUAAAAUGGCAGGAGACUUGGGAUGCUAGCAGUGAGGCUGCUGGGGAGCAUGCCCGGUUGGAAGAACUCUUUCAAAAGUUAUAAACCGCUCACUCGUUCUGAGAUGCUGUUUGACGGUUUCAUUAGCAUCGAUCGGCCUCGUUCCAUGUCAACGUUCUAGCAAAAUGGAGGUGUUGGAUUCCUGUUUCUUGACAUUUUGCCGUUGCGCAUUUCCGCCUUCCGUCGUUGGUGCUGGCAGUGUUUAAAAGCGGCUUUGAUUCAGUCUAAAGGUUAACCUAGAUUAGUUUCUCAUCUCUUAGAGGGAGCGUAGGGAGUCCAAUAACCAGGGAGGAAAGGAGUAUUUGCAAUCGUCGGGCAAAGCCGAGAGAACGUGUCAACAUUUACAAGCCAACCACUGGCGUGGUGUUCCAUUAUGAAUGUGCCGAUGCCCACUGUUCCCUAUUAGUUCUCUUUUUUUUUUCCCGCCCCACUACAAUGUAUCUUUCAACAUGGCUCCUGGCCGUCUUUUCACAAACAACAGUGCGAGCGCCGUCUGUCGCGAGGCAGUGCCAUUAGCCCCGCGGCGUCUUCAUCUUAGCACCGGCAUCUUUUUUUUUUUUUGAAGAGGAGAUGCCGUUCGAUUUCAGCACGGUGGGCAGCCGCCAGCACUUUAUUACGCCCAUUCUCGCCUCGGCGCCUGGAGCGUCUUUGCUCACUAACCCCUGCCCUCGCCGCCGCGACGCACCGCACGAGUCUGAUGCUAUUUCAAGCUCCGUGACCCCCAUUCAGAGGGCUUCAUCCCCAGAUAAGAAACAAAAUGAGAAUUCACGUGGGCACAAUGGCUUCCCGUGUUCCUUUUAGAAAGACUUUUUCCUAAUCUGACAAGGGGGAAACGAUUUAAGGUGUGUAUAUGUGGUUGUGCGUUACACCACAAUAAGCACUGUGAUGCUAUGAGACAACUAGCGAGAAAAGCUAAUGUAGCUAACGUCUACAUCUUCACUCUGUGCUCCUUCUGGCUCCACCACACCACAUUAUAGUCGAAUCAAUUCAGCAGAAUGUCAAAACUUAUCAUAUUUAGGGGAUCAGUAUGAUAUUUUGGUUCUCUGUUUCUCAUUUCCUUUAUCACUUGGCCCUUGGAUCAUAGUUUAUAUCUUAUUUGGUCUUUUCUACACGUAUGUGGGCACGGCCAUUGUUACGGCAUUUGGAGUAGGCGCUUCUUUGCAUUCUAUUCCUCGUCAGACUCCAGAAAGUUCUCCUUUCCCGGUUUUGUUGUAACUCAAUUUCAGAGGACUUCUUGAAAAUGUUUUGAUGUGAGUCUUUCUUGUGGUUGCACUUUCAUGGAAGAGAAAUCAGUCUUUGCCAAAAUGGCCUCUGGGAACAUUGCUGUCAAUUUGAAUUCCAAAAUUACAUCAUUUAAAGUGUUCUUUACAAAGGAGAGAGGCGGAGGGAUUAUUUCUAAUCUUCAUUCUGGUGUGAAAGAACGAGGAGGUAACUGUGAUGGUGGUAGUCUAACGUAUGACACAAGUUCCUCCCAUUUCCUAGCCGGGAGUGAAUUCUCCACUUUUGCUGCCAAAUUUAGCCUCUCCUCUACCAGUUUGAACAAAGUAGGUCACUGGAGCAGCUUAUAGCCAAACAUGCUAAUGUCCAUGGCAGCAAAGCGCCAACGCAAAGUGAUCAUUUGGGACAGGAUUGACAUUUUUGGGUGACAGAGGAACGAUAGGUGAUGGAGAAUGUGCCCUUACGUGCGAUCUUAUUAUUUCCUUUUAGGAAUACUAUGGCAUUGAAAAAUAAACUUUCCCUUCGAGUCAUUACUGCAAACCUAGCGCAAGAAGCUAACGUGGUUAUCUGCUCUCAGUGUGUCGUUUUCUCUAAAUGUUUUAUUCCAUCAUUUCAUACAUUUAUGAAAGUAGUACAUUUUUGAUAGGAGAUGACUCAAUUAUUCAUUCAGUGGUACCUUGAGAUGCGAGUUUAAUUUGUCCGUGAUCACACUCUUCAUGCAAAACUGUCAGGUCCACUUAAAUGAUUCCAACAAAAACACUUAAGUGUUUGUUAGUGAAGGCACUUUCAUUUGAUUCUUAGUAUGACUUGCGUGAUGCAUUUGGGUCCAGCGUCUACUAAUUUUACCCUGGAAACUUUCCACUUCUUGCUCUACGGUUGGCUCGAUAGAGCUGAUAGUGUCAACUUGUUGACGGAAAGGACUUUGAUUUGUAUCAUCUGCGAAUGGUGCGGUGAGAAACAUUUUGUAUUUCCCAGCACCAGCAUGGACCUCACAGAUAAGGUUGGCGAUAUGUCGUAAAAGACAAAAAAAAAAAAAUCCCCGAUAGUCAUCAUGUGGCUACGGUGAGAAGGCGGAAGAUAGCGAGCGGCCAUUGCACAGAUAAUGCUCCCCUCUAUAGGUCCUGCUGCUUUUAUCUCCCGGCAGUGGCUAUAGGUUGGUUCCAAUCAAAUGGCGGCGGUUGCGACUCAUUUUAAGAGCCGGCCGGGUGUGUCGCCACGCCUCGCAGCACCGGCAUAAAUUCAGCGGGAAAGUGAGAGAUGAGCCUGAUUGAAAUCGUGAUGUAUUCUCUUUACAGGAGGUCGGCACAGUCACGGGCCCGCCCGCUAACGCGGCCAAACAGCAGUUCGCCGCUCCAAAAAGCCAGUUCAUUAAAGCAGGCACUGCGGCAGGUCUAGGAUGACCGGCAAGAGCCAGACCAGCAACGUGACCAACAAGAAUGACCCGCGCUCGCUCAACUCCCGCGUCUUCAUCGGCAACCUCAACACGGCGGUGGUGAGCAAAGCCGACAUCGAGGCCAUCUUCGCCAAGUACGGCAAGAUCGUGGGAUGCUCCGUGCACAAGGGCUACGCCUUUGUCCAGUACGUCAGCGAGAGGAACGCCCGGGCAGCUGUGGCGGGCGAGAACAACAGGGUCAUUGCGGGACAGUCGCUAGAUAUCAACAUGGCAGGAGAGCCCAAACCAUACCGGCCAAAGCUGGCCACCAAGAGGCCGCUGUCCACCCUCUACAGUGGCUACGAGUUUGACUACGACUACUACAGAGAUGAUUUUUACAGCAGAUUGUUUGAGUACCACGGUCGCGUGGUGCCACCCGCCCGGGCCGUCAUUCCGGUGAAACGCUCACGGCUCGUCGUGCCGUCCGUCCCGCGCAGGAUCAAGUCCUCUUUUUCCGUCCGAACCUGCUCUUCAUCGUCCUCUUCGUCCUCCUCCUCUUCCCCAAGGCUUGUCAACAUCCCGUCGUCUUCUGUCAUGGGACCCAAACUGAAGACAGAGCAUCUGCUGAGCAUCAAAAAGGAACUGUCGCAGAUCAAGACCAAGAUCGAUUCCCUGCUGGGAAGGCUUGACAAAUUUGAGAGGCAGCAUGAGAUGCAGAGAAAACACGAGGAGGCGUGCGAGUGUCACCACAGCAACCAGGGCGACCACUCUGGUGGAGAUGAAUUGGGUGCGGAUGUCGAGGCCGAGGCUGGGGAGAUGACAGACGGCGGCGACGAUUACUUUGAGGACGAGGGCGCCGGUGACAUGAGAGAGAACCACAUAUCAGAUAUCGACAACUGAGCAAGUGAAGCCUGCAGUGCACAAAGAUUGCAGAAGUUAACCAGCAAAGCCUCGGUCAGCCAGAAGAACUGUUUGAAAUGAAAGAUCAACAACGGAGGCAACGACUUGUUUGUUCCGUGUAUGCCUCAUCAGAUUAAAAUAAGAAAAAACAAAUAUUGACAGUCCCGAUGGGUUGUCAUCCAAACUGGUUUUGAGCGGCAAGAUCAAACGAAAAGAGCAAUCGGCAAAUGCUAACUUGUAAGUACAAUAUGCUUUGUGCUUCAGCCUCUAUGGUCCGUCCGUAUUGUCUAUAAUUCUGUUGUACAGCAAAUGUAUGUUGAAAAUAUGAAUGUAAGAGGAACCACUUAAUGUGCUUUGCUUUACUUGUACAGUUAUUUAGUUUUUGUCUUUCGGUCACAGUACCCAUUUUACAGUGUCCUUGUUACAUUCUGUCAAAGAAGAGAUGAAUAUUUUUUACAAUCAGCAUGUAGUAACAAAUAGAAAGGGAUUGUCACGGAUCAUUUGUAUUCAUUGCUUUGGUUGUACAGCUAUGAAUAAUAAGAUGGGUUUUUGGAAUAAAACAGUU